AUGAAUCAAAACCAGAAACAGGAAGAAAUUAUUGUGUCUGAAAAAGAAGCUCAACAACUUAAGCAAGGCCUUCCAAAGGCUACCUUCAUUGGCAGCAAAAUAAUGAAAUACCAAGGUUUUUGGUACCAUGAAAACCAGAUCCAAAACAUCCUUGCAUUCCAAAGCCACUACUGUGCUCGAAAAAGCGAUCUUUUUGUUGCUAGCUUCCCCAAAACUGGCACCACUUGGUUGAAAUCUUUACUCUUUGCGAUUGUUAACCGUGUUCACUACUCUACAAACCAUGACCAGAAUCCUAUACUAGCGAACCAUCCUCAUGAACUUGUGUAUAGUUUAGAGACAGAUGUCUAUAGCAACGCUUUUGUCUAUCCUCGUCCACACCAUCUUGAUGAGCUUUCCUCGCCAAGGCUUUUGAGCACUCACUUACCCUACUCGUCACUUCCUGAAUCUAUCAAGACUUCAGGGUGUAAGAUUGUAUACAUCACCCGAAAUCCUUUGGACACACUGGUAUCACUAUAUCAUUUUUCCAUGAAAGUGAUGAAGAAGUAUUUUUCCAUGGAUGUUAUGAAGAUGAUAUUGGGUAUGUUUUACCAAACUCCUAGUUUGGAGGAUUUCUUCGAAGCCUUUUGCGAAGAAAGAAUCCCUUUUGGGCCGUUCUUUGAUCACGUUGCCGAGUAUUGGAAGGCGAGUUCAGAACAACCAGACAAGGUAUUGUUCCUCAAGUAUGAGGAAUUGAAGGACGAUCCCAUACUUCACGUGAAGAGGUUGGCUGAAUUUGUGGGUUCGCCAUUUACUACAGAGGAAGAAAGUGAUGGUGUCAUAGAACAAAUAAUAGAGAUGUGUAGCAUCAAGAAUAUGAAGGAAUUGGAGGCUAAUAAGAGUGGAGUAAUCAACAAGUUAUUUGAGAAACAGUCAUACUUCAGGAAAGGGGAGGUGGGAGAUUGGACUCAUUAUUUUACACCUCCUAUGGUGGAGAAGAUGAAGAAAAUCAUGGAUGAAAAACUCGAGGGCACUGGUUUAUCCUUUAAUUUACUUCCUUAAUACUUUUCUUCAAGAUUAUUAUCUUGUUUUUUCUUUUCUUUUUUUUUUAUUCAUGGUUCUUAAUUCUACAAUAUUGUACAACAUUCUCUAAUAAUCUCCUUGUUCUCCCUCUUUGGGUUUCUA